AACCAUGGUUAGAAACGGCAUCACAGUCAUCCACCCUGUGUCUCUCUCUCUCUCUCUCAGGGAUUCAUGAGACAUUAAUGAAAAAGCAGGGGUAAUUACGGGUAAUUAAUGAAGUUUGAGUUAAGUAUGACUUCGCUCGUGCGCCGGGCAGCACCCCAGUCAGUCCCGCUUACGGUGCCCGAGUUGCCCGUAGACCCUUCCGUAAUCCUCGCUGGAACCAUUUCGGGCAGCCCCUCCCUCUCCGUAAUCCACCAGUGAAUUCCAUCUCGCCUUCUCUCUCUUCCCUCUGAUAUAUCUAUCUUCUGCUGCCUGUGUCUCUGCGAUUUCCAUCGGACGGUCCAGAAUGAACGGAGCCCCUGCCGCUUGUUGCCUGAGGCUUUAGAGGUCGAAGCUCCCAGAUCUGGUCUCUCCUCGCUCAGAUCUACACUCCAGAGGCGUUCUUCCUUGCCGUGCAAAUGGAGACCAACCGUGGUUCGGUGCAAGUCGGGGUUAACCAGGGUUCGCUAACGUGCGCCGGCGAAGCUGUAGCCGCUUUGGUGGUGUCAGCUCUGGUCAAAAGUCAGCUGCUAGCUCAGGAUCCGUUAGGAUUGCUACACAGUAACAAACCCAGAAUUAAAGGAGACCAUCACGUUGAUGGUGAAUCCAAGCAAGUUGAUGCUGAUAAAGUUGAUGGCAGUGAAGAUGACGACGACGAUGCAGAUGAUGGGCUUGGAGAAGGCAAAGAGGAUUCACCAUCUGAAGGUGGAGAGGAUGUGAACAGCCGUAAAACGAACUCAAAAAAGGAUCGAGAAGGGGCAGGUGGGCCACGAGAGAAUGGAGAGGAAGAGGAUGAGGAAGAUGGUGAUGAACCAGAUGAUGACGAUGACGAAGAUGAUGACGAUGAGCAAGAUGAUGAUGACGAUGAUGAAGAUGAAGGUGGCGAGGAUGAGGAAGAUGGUCUGGAAAAUGAAGAGGAAGAUGAAGAUGAUGAGGAUGAAGAGGAAGACGAAGAGAACCCCCCACCACCGAAGAAGAGGAAGAAGUGAACUAGUAACUAAAAAUGGAGGAUUGUCCUCCCCCCCAAAGCACUCUUUGUGACUUUGUCUAACUUUAUGGUCAUAUUUAGGCAACAAUGAGGUCUGAUUAGGAUCGUUUAUGUUCUGUCAAUCGAUAAUCACGUUAUCUUUGCUUCAUUAGAGUACUUAGAAAUGUUCGAGCACUCCGGCAACAAGAAAAUUAAGAACAUUGGGAUAUUUUCUUCAAUAUGGAUAUUUAUAAUUCAGUAGCUUCCAUGA